AUGCCAGUGGUGUGGCCCACCCUGCUGGACUUCAGCCGGGAUGAGUGUAAAAGGAUCCUUCGCAAGCUGGAGCUGGAGGCGUAUGCAGGCGUUAUCAGUGCCCUUCGAGCACAGGGCGAUCUCAGCAAAGAGAAGAAGGACCUUCUGGGGGAACUUUCAAAAGUCCUGUGUAUUUCUACAGAGCGGCAUCGCGCGGAGGUGCGCAGAGCAGUGAACGAUGAGCGCCUUACCACCAUCGCUCACAACAUGUCUGGUCCAAACAGUUCGUCUGAAUGGUCCAUCGAAGGUCGGAGAUUGGUACCGUUGAUGCCACGUCUGGUUCCACAGACUGCUUUCACGGCCACUGCCAACGCCAUAGCCAAUGCUGCUGGACAGCACAACUCUUCACUUCCAGAUCCUGCUGAGACUGGGAACAAGGAAGUGGUCGUGUGUUAUUCCUACACAAGUACAACAUCCACUCCCACAUCGACCCCGGUCCCCAGUGGAAGUGUGGCCACUGUCAAGUCUCCCCGACCUGCGAGUCCAGCCUCCAACGUGGUGGUCCUUCCCAGCGGCAGCACAGUCUAUGUGAAAAGUGUUAACUGCUCAGAUGACGACGAGAAGCCUCGCAAGCGCCGUCGCACCAACUCCAACAGCUCAUCCCCUGUUGUCCUGAAAGAUAUCCCCAAGCCAACAACCCCAGUCUCAAAAACGAUUGCAGUGCCCGUUACCGGGAGCCCCAAAAUGAGCAACAUCAUGCAGAGCAUCGCCAACUCCCUACCACCACACAUGUCGCCAGUGAAGAUCACUUUUACCAAACCCACCACCCAGACAACAAACACUUCCACCCAGAAGGUAAUAAUUGUAACAACUUCUCCAAGUUCUACAUUUGUCCCAAAUAUUUUAUCGAAAUCUCACAACUACGCUGCAGUCACUAAACUGGUUCCCACGUCUGUCAUAACUUCUACCACUCAGAAGCCACCAAUGGUCGUUAGCUCUGCCCAGAGCUCAGCCAUUAGCAGUACCAGGGGCAUUGCUGUCACCACAGUUGUGUCUUCAACACCAUCCCUGGUCAUGUCCACAAUGGCACAAGCCUCGACGUCAACAGUGAAAUUGCCCUCCAAUAGGCUUCCUUCCCCCAAGAGCCUGUUCCCUAAGCAGUACCAGCAGUCGCCAAAACAUCAGAUCCAUCAUAUGACACCACAGGCUCCCCCACUGUCACAGCCAUCCACUAUUACCCAGACAGUUCCCACUCCAUCUCUUCAGGUGCCACCAGGGAUCAAGCCCACUAUACAGAUAAAGCAGGAAUCUGGUGUUAAGAUAAUCACGCAGCAAGUUCAGCCCAGUAAAAUCCUUCCCAAACCAGUGUCUGCUGCCCUGACCAGCAGCAGUAAUGCUCCCAUCAUGGUCGUGAGCAGCAAUGGGGCCAUAAUGACAACUAAACUGGUCACCACACCAAGCGGCACACAAGCCACAUACACACGACCGGCUGUCAGCUCAGCACUCGGUGCUCGUAUGGCGGCUACACCCGGUGCUACCUAUGUAAAGACCACCAGCGGAAGCAUCAUCACUGUUGUGCCAAAAUCUCUGGCGACACUGGGAGGGAAGAUCAUCAGCAGCAACAUUGUGUCUGGCACAACUACAAAAAUAACCACCAUCCCCAUGACUUCUAAACCAAAUGUCAUCGUGGUGCAGAAAACCACUGGGAAAGGGACAACCAUACAGGGUAUUCCUGGGAAAAAUGUUGUGACAACCUUGCUAAACGCCAGUGGAGAUAAAACUCUGCAAGCUGUACCAGCAGGAACAAAGCCAGCUAUCAUUACAGCCACCCGCCCAAUCACCAAGAUGAUUGUCACACAACCCAAGGGUAUCGGUUCAACUGUCCAGCCGGCUACCAAGAUUAUUCCCACUAAGAUAGUGUAUGGCCAGCAGGGGAAGACCCAGGUCCUUAUAAAGCCAAAGCCGGUGACGUUUCAGGCCACAGUCAUGAGCGAACAAACCAGACAGCUGGUGACUGAAAACACUUCAGCAGGCUUCACGGGUGGUGGAGACUACCAGUGCCACCAUUCAGGAAGUGAAGGAAGACACUGAGAGCAGCUCCUCCUCUACUGAGUCCUCCCAGAGCUCCCAAGAUUCUCAGCCUGUAGUCCAUGUCAUCGCAUCUCGUGGUCAGGAGUGGUCGGAGCAUGAAAUAGCGAUGGACACCACUCCUACGAUAAUCUAUCAAGAUAUUGGAGGAGAGUCCCAGUCUGCCACCUCCACCAUCAAGGCGCUGAUGGAGCUUCAGCAGACCAGCAUGAAAACGAGAGUGGACACUAAGCCCCGGCAGCCGACCAUUGACCUCAGUCAGAUGGCUGUUCCUAUCCAGAUGGCCCUUGAUAAACGUCAGACUGAAAGUGCUUCCAUUUCCGUGGUGGAGUCAGAGUUGGUUGCAGAAUACAUAUCUACAGGUAAAACUAGGCCCGUGGCUUCAACCACCACAGUCAGCUCCGGGGAUGUCCCACUCAGCUCUAUCCUUCAGGUCAGUCACCCGUCUCAGCACCACCAGCUUCAGAGCUCGCAGUCCUCACGUACUGUGCUGCAGCACAUCACCCAGUCCCAGAGUGCAGCACAGGCGUCUGUUGUGGUAAAAAUCCAUCCCCACAUCCUCCAGCGGGGCCAUCACUCACAUCAUGCAGCAGGCGUUAAGCAGUCACACAGCCUUCAAAAGAACGGAGGAGACUGUGACCGAAGAGGGUGAAGUGGAGGAGAUGGACACCUUAGACCCGCAGACCGGCCUCUUCUACAGAUCAGCCUUGGCACACAAGCAGCAGAAACAGAUUCACCUGCACCAGGAGGGGGCGCACCUUCAGUUGAAGACUGUUCAGUCUCUGCAGACCAAACAGAAGCAGAUCAUUCAGCUGCAGCCAGAGCAGCUCCAGCACAAAAUCCAGCAAACGGCGCAGCUCUCCAUCAGGCAGCAGAAAUUGACGCCCAUUCAACAGGAACAGGUCCACCAGCAUACACAGCGCCACAUGCUGGUCAAGGAAAGGCACAUCCCUUCACUGGUGUCUCAGCCGCAGCAGACAGUGGUGCAGGUUCUGGCUGUGAAAACCACCCAGCAGCUGCCGAAGCUCCAGCAGGUAGUGGGCCAGCAGAAGAUCUACAUGCAGUCUCAGCUAUCUCAGACUUCAGUGCAGCUGCCUGUCACAUCUGAAAAAUUGACGGCCAGUCAGGUCACCCAGUCAAUGGUAUCUCAGGGAUCUGCAGUCACUAAAAUCACUUUCGAAGGACAUCAGCCCCCCAUGGUAUCCAAGGCAACUGCUAGCGAAUGUCUGCCUAAACUUACACCAGCGGUGGCCAGUCUCCUUCCUGCUCUGCCGUUGUCGGAGAAGGCUUCUGUGGCUGAUAUCUUGAAGAUGUCGAUGAUGGAAGCAGAUAUAGAGACCAACGUGGAACCUAUGAUCGUGGAUAACACAAGCAAAGCUGCCCCAAUUAUCAAACCCAUGCCAGUGUUAACUGAGGCAGCUAUACCACCCCAGGUGCAAAGGCUAUCUGCCCCAAGCACAGUGACUUGUACAGUACCUCCCCCGCCUAAAUGUUUCCCUGCCCCAAUUAUUACAGCAACCACUUCUACUACCCUUCCUGUCCCCCUGCCACCGCCUCCCCCGCUGACGAGGAAAGUGGAUGUUCCUGUGGCCAGCCAGAUAAUACAGAUCCAGAAUGUGCCACCAAAAAGGACGGAAGAAAUUCCUUCUGAAAUCAUCAUUCAGACCAUCCCUCAGUAUCCCAUCGCCUGUCACUCUAGCUCCAACGUGGUGGUGGAACCCAGUGGACUUCUAGAGCUGAAUAAUUUCACCAGCCAGCAAUUGGGAGACGACGACGCUGUCAUUAUAAACGACAGUGACAUUACCAGUGAUGACAGGACACAGUGUAAGCCUUCAAUAAAUUUAGAUCAUGCAUAG